AUGGGUUGGAACAUGGACCUUAUAUACAAUGUUAUGCAGGUUUGGGCAUGGGAGUUUAUUGAGAAGUUGGAUCCACCUAACUUGGGAACUUGGGGUACAGAGAUACGUGUUCAGAAAUGGCUAUGGUUACAGGGAUACAGCAACAAGAUGGCUUCAGGCAUAUUUCUGGGGAUAACUGAAAUAUUAUCGUUUGGGGAUGCAAACCUUAUUGAUAUAAUUUUUCUGAUUAUUUUUCCACCUAGGUAUAUAAAUCUCUUAGGUAUGGGGAAUACAGAAUCAGCGGACUAUUCAUAUGAUGAUGAAAUUCGGCAGCGACCUCCUCCUUAUGCAGGGAGUUCUGAAUAUGAUCAAACUUGGCAGCAACCUCCUUACACAGGGAGUUCUGAGGUUCACAACUAUCAGAACAUGUGGCGGCAAUCCACUUACAUACCAGAUAAUUUCAGCUCUCUGGAUGAGGUUAUUUCUGCACUAAGAGAUGCUGGUCUUCAGUCAUCAAAUUUAAUCCUUGGUAUUGACUUUACAAAGAGCAAUGAGUGGACAGGUAAGUAUUCAUUCAAUAGGAGAAGCCUCCAUACAAUUGGAAGCAUUCCUAACCCAUAUGAGCAAGCUAUUUCUGUAAUUGGCCGCACAUUGUCCCCUUUUGAUGAGGAUAAUUUGAUACCUUGUUUUGGAUUUGGUGAUGCAUCAACACAUGAUAAAUAUGUGUUCAGCUUCUUUACUGAUCACCGACCUUGUCAUGGUUUCGAGGAGGCCCUUGCAAGAUACAGAGAAAUUGUUCCUUCUUUAAAAUUGUCAGGUUUGUAACAUAUUUCUUUCCAUAUUUCUAGUUCAGUUUCGACUCCAUGCACAGUCAAUGAAAAGGAGUUACUCCUAUGAUUGAAAUGACUGAACUUCAACAUAUGAUCAAUACAGAAAGAGAG